AUGGCAGAAUCCAGUUCAAAUUUAAAGCCUGUGAUAACGGUUAAUGCUAGCUUCAUAGGCUAUGCUCAUACUGUGUUUGCAAUUGCACCUUUUGUUGGAGCUUUGAUUGUGGGUUGUUGGCUUCACUAUGAAAAGAUUGUUCGCAAUUCAAGUUUUGGUUACCCUGAUGAAUGGUUUCCCAGUGUUUCCGCUACAAUAGGUGAUAGGUACCCUGAAAGGUCUCUUUUUCAAGUUUUAAUUGCUGUUUGUUCCGGUCCUAGAUUUUUACUAUUAUUUUUCAACUUUGUAGCUGCUUAUAAGCCUAAAUCUGUGGUCCCUUAUAUUGCAUUGGUGUCAGGACUAUUAAGAACGCUUACUUGUGGUGGUUGGGUCUACAUAACAUCAACAGAUGACCAUGAUUGGCAUGAUAUUUUUAUGAUCAGUUAUAUUAUUUUGACAAUUCCAUGGGAUAUUUGUACAACCUUAGGUGCACCCAAGGGUUCUUGUGAACGUAAGGGUCGUUUUUACACCGGUUGGUUAUUCUUUUUGAUGUUGAUUCCGUUGGUCUAUUGGUUCAUUCAACAUAAGGUUCAUGUUGUUGCUGGUGCUUAUUCAGUAUACGCCUAUUUUGAAUGGGCAUUAAUUCUUUUGGAUGUUUCAUUCGAUGGGUGGUCAAUACUUGGCUUACAAAAUAUCGAAAUUGGUAUUAGUGGAAAUGGACUCCAUUUCACUAAAGUUCAACCUUCGAAGGAUGACAAGGCUACUUCAAUUGAAACAAUUGAAAGCAAACUCUUGGAAAACACUGUGGUUUCGCUUAACUACGACUUUACUUGUUUUGAAUUUAUUAUCAAUGUCAUCAAUGCCUACAUGUUUUGGACAAAUGUGACCGCAUUAGUGUUGUGUGUAUGGUACUUUCCUUUAUGGCAUAUGGGUAUAUCUGGUUACGAAGCAGCUAUUGGAGUGACAAUUGUUGCUCCAAUUUUAGUUGUGCUUCCCUUUAUAAGAGCAUUCUUUACUAACGUUCCUUUCCUUUCGCGUUUUAUUGGUGUCUUGCUCGGGGUUGGAGUUUAUAAGGUUGAAGACCCUGAAUUGAGAUUACUUAUUUUGUCAGUUGGAACUUUCUUUUCUACAGUGGCUUACAUAACGGAGUCCUAUACAUGGUCAAAGCUUCCUACAACUUCAAAGUAUAUUUCUUAUCAUAUUUCUUUUAUUAUUGGUUUGUUGGCUACCUCUACUUUCAAGUUUUUGAACUAUUCAAAUAAUCCAAUUUGGCCAAUUAUGAAUGAAACCAACGGUGGCUAUAACGAAGUAGGCUUAGCAAUCGGAUUAACAUCUGCCUUUUUGACUCCAAUGACUUAUGAGACGACGGAAAGUCAUACUUCUCCAGCAGCAAAGCAUGGCUUUCUUUUGUUUGCUGCCUUAGGGUUUGCUGGAUAUUAUUUUUCUUUACAUGCGUUAUUGAGUGACUCGGGUACUCUUGCUAGUUGGACUUGGAGUGGUUAUCCUAUCAAUGGGCCAACACCCAUUUCAGGUUCACUUCCAUUCUUUGGUGCUAUGAUAGUUGGUAUUUUGGCUUCUCUUGGGAUCCAUCCAAAUGUCUUCUCUUCUACGUUCUAUAACGCCAUUGUUGGUGGUGGUAGUGCUUUUACGUUAUACUCUUUCCCCGACUGGGCAGGUUAUUGUGGUGCUUUGGUAUAUGCAUUUUAUUUAUCUUCCCUUAGUGGAUUGAUUGCUUAUUCAGUUAUUGGUCACAAUGUUGGUGUAUUGUAUUUCUUUGGAUUCUUCUUCGAGACAGUUUUGGCUUUAGCAAGUGUUUGGAUUGUGGCUUAUGCCUUUGUUCCUGGUGGACCCCUCUUACGUGAAAGAACCGAUCUUAUUUUGUUAUUUUCCUUCACUUGUAUACAAUUUGGAGUUUUAAAUUAUACCUUAAAGGCAAAAGAAUCAAAAAUUGUGAGGUUCAGCUUUGAAACAACAAAGACUUUCAAGCAAGCUUUGGCUGUUCUCACUACACUUCUUGCUCUUUCUAUUACUGGAUAUGUCAAGAGAUAUCCUAUUGGUACACCCACUCCCUAUAAUGAUGGUUCAGGGUCUUUUACCGCCGGUAUUUGGUGUAUUCACUUUGGUCUUGACAAUGAUAUGUGGUCAAGUGAAACGAGAAUGCUCGACCUUAUUCGUGAUGCACAAGUAGAUGUUAUUGGCUUAUUGGAGUCUGAUACCCAAAGAUUAAUUGGCGGUAACAGAGACUUUACCCAAAAAAUCGCUGAAGAUUUGGGAAUGUAUGUUGAUUAUGGACCAGGUCCUAAUAAGCAUACAUGGGGAGCAGCACUUCUUUCUAAGUUCCCAAUUCUUAAAUCUGAACAUCAUCUUUUACCAUCACCAGUUGGAGAAUUGGCUCCUGCCAUUCACGCAACUUUGGAUAUUUAUGGUCAAGAAGUUGACAUUGUUGUUUUCCACCUGGGCCAAGAAGAAGACGUUGAAGAUCGUCGUUUACAAAGUUUAGGAAUAAGUGAUAUCAUGGGUAAAUCCACAAAUCCUUUGGUCUUAUUAAGCUAUUUAGUCACAGAACCUGGCCAAGGUAACUAUAACACUUAUGUUAGUGAGAAUUCCAACGUAUGGGAUAUUGAUAGUACUGAUUGGGAUAGAUGGUGUGAAUAUAUUUUAUUCAGAGACUUAAAGAAGGUGGCUUAUGCCAGAAUCUCUAGAAGUACUAUUACAGAUACUGAGUUACAAGUUGCCAAGUUCAAAUUAUUGAGUGAUGAAGAAAAGAAUCAGUAUGACAUUGAUUUCUUAUAUGGAAAUCACUUCAUUGAUGAAUCUGAAGUUCCCGAAAAUCUUCGGAUGCCUCAACUUUUACGUGGUGAAGGUGUUAGAGGUCAUUUCUACCAUGUAUUUGAUGAGCCUCGUUAUUUUGCUCUUUCCAAGGAUUCUUAUAACAAGGUUGAAGAGAGUCAAAGUUGGGAUGACGUUCAAGAAGUGGAAAGUGUUUAUGUUGAGGAGGUUCCUGAACAAGAACAAGAUGACGUAUCUACUGAGGAAAAAACUUCUAUACCUGAUCAAGAUUUUAUUGAUGAAGUAUUAAAAGAAAACUAG